CGCUGCCUGGGCUCCGCCGGCUCAGUAAUAACUGAGUGACCUUUUCUUUGGCUGUAUUAUGUCUGGCCGGGAAGGGAUCGCGUUUUGCAGCUGAGAGCUGGGGCUUCCUUCGGCUCGGCUCCUCGCGUGCUGCUGGGGUAAGUUGUCUUGAGCCAGGACGGAGAGAGACAGCCUCGGACUGCAGUUGCCUAAAAGGAGGACACCUGUGGCUCAGAUACGGUCAACACCAUUACUUGGCGGAUCCUUGAGGACCUCAUUAUUUUAAACUUAAAAAAUAGAGAUUCCCUCCCCCUCUUUUUUUUUUUUUCAAACAAUGCUUCUUUUUGACCUUUCCCAAGGAGAAGCGCUACAAAGCAGCCACUGUGCUUUCUGAACGGCCUCCCCCUGUAUCGCUUAAUUGAGAAGGUAUACAAAUGCUCUCAGUCCAGCCAGACACCAAGCCCAAAGGUUGUGCUGGCUGCAACCGAAAGAUCAAGGACCGGUAUCUUCUAAAGGCACUGGACAAAUACUGGCAUGAAGACUGUCUGAAGUGUGCCUGCUGUGACUGUCGCUUGGGAGAGGUGGGCUCCACCCUGUACACUAAAGCUAAUCUUAUCCUUUGUCGCAGAGACUAUCUGAGGCUCUUCGGUGUAACGGGAAACUGCGCUGCCUGUAGUAAGCUCAUCCCUGCCUUUGAGAUGGUGAUGCGAGCCAAGGACAAUGUUUACCACCUGGACUGCUUUGCAUGUCAGCUUUGUAAUCAGAGAUUUUGUGUUGGAGACAAAUUUUUCCUAAAGAAUAACAUGAUCCUUUGCCAGACGGACUACGAGGAGGGUUUAAUGAAAGAAGGUUAUGCACCCCAGGUUCGCUGAUCUAUCAACAUCACCCCAUUAAGAAUACAAAGCACUGCAUUCUUUUAUCUUUUUUGCUCCACAUAUAUAUAAGAAUUGACACAGGAACCUACUGAAUAGCGUAGAUAUAGGAAAGCAGGAUGGUUAUACGGAAUAAAAGGCGGACUGCAUCUCUCUGUAGUGAAAUUGCCCCAGUUCAGAGUUGAAUGUUUAUUAUUAAAGAAAAAAGUAAUGUACAUAUUGCUGGAUUUUUUUGCUUGCUAUUCGUUUUUGUGUCACUUGGCAUGAGAUGUUUAUUUUGGACUAUUGUAUAUAAUGUAUUGUAAUAUUUGA